AAAAAUUGAAUAUAUAUUUCAACUUAAUGAAUCAGUAUUUUUUGAAAAUGAUGAAUAUAUUAAAAAUAGUUCAAGAGCUAAAGAAGGAUAUAUUGUAUCUGGUCAUGAUUCUGCAACAAAUAUUCUUUCUGAUACUGAAUUAAAAAUUCUAUUAACCGCUGAUUUUGAAACAUAUACAUUAUCAAUUGAAUUUAUUAAAGAAAUUAUAAAACUUUUAACAAUUUUUGUUAUUGAUACAAUAUAUCUUUCAAUAGAAGAAAUUGUAGAUAAAAUUUUAUUAAAAACUUCAAAUAUGAUUAGUAUUAAAAAUUCAAAACCAAACUCUAAAGUUAUUGUUGCUUUUGGUUCAAUUGGUGCUGGAAAAACAACCUUUUUAAACAAAUUAAAAGAUUUUUUUGAAAACCAAGAAUUAAAAGUAUAUUUUUCUGAAGAAAUGUCACUUCGUCUUGGACAAGAUUUGAAGUAUUUUUAUCAAGAUACCCAGAGAUAUAGAUUUAUGUUUCAAGAUUUUUUAAUCAAUGCAUAUUAG